AUGGAUGGGACGGAAGAGGCUCUUCCUGCGCUUGCUCUACGAGUUCCAUCGCAGAGAACAGGUUUCUAUAACAUGUCUACCUCAAUAGGAAACACGGAAGGUUUGGGAAACGAUACGCUAUUUGUCAAUUAUUACAGUGGAAGUGUUUUUCUGACAUACACAGCAGUUGCCGGACUUAUAACUUCCAUCGGCUUGCUUCAAAAUGCGUUGUCUCUUUUAGCUCUCAAGCACAUGCGUAGGCCGAUGAACAGUUUCCAAAAACUCAUCAUUAAUCUUGCCUUUGCAGACUUUCUCUUGAUGUUCUUUUGUUGUGCGGUGUGUGCUAUUCGACUGUACCUUGGGGUAGGGUAUGUGAAUUACGCCACCAUGCCACCGGAGACACGCUCCAUAAGCUGCAUCGAGCAGAUCGUCAUGGACAUAUCUAUUCACCUUCUCGUGCCGCCGCUUUUAGCCACCACUGGCCUGGUGCUGAACCAGUUCGUUGCUGCCACGCGGCCUCUACGGUUCACCAACAUUGUGACGGAACGCCGCAUUCGGUGCUAUAUUGCCUUCACCUACGUGAGCGCAGUUGUACCCCUCGUGAUUCUCCAUGCGGUGUACUAUAUCAUCUACCCUAACGCAGACUGUAUUACUCAUAUGGACAAAUAUUUUGUGGCCUUAGAAGGCCAUGUUGGAAUUUUCAUGAUGCUCCUUAUGGUUUUGAAUGUGUUUAUAUGGUACAAACUGUACACUAAGAUAAAAGAAAGCCUUUCGUAUCGACACGACUUGGCAAGUGAUCCGCAAGACCACGAGCAAGCAAAACUGAACGUUACAGUCGCCAUUCUACUGGUAACAAUCUUCGUGUGUUGGGUACCGGGCGUGGUAACGGCUUUUAUUUACUUUGGGUUCGACGUUUCACAUACAAAACGACCAGAGUCGUCUGAUGCCGUGGCCAUGGUCACAAAUAUUCUUUUUAUCUUCAACUCCUUGGCAGAUCCUAUAAUUUAUGGUCUCCGUAUAAGGGACGUUAGGCAUGGGUAUGUUCGCCUUUAUCAGCGUAUCAGUGACAUUUUCUGUUCCAGUGGACGGUUGGCAAAAGCGGACAGUAGGCACCACAUAUCCUGCAACCAUAAUCAUAACACUGGGACACCAGUAUAA